AUGCUUUCAGGUAAUCCCGUGGAGACUAUUGGAUCACAUGCAUUCACAAUUCCAAGAAAUGACCUUGUAAUGUAAGCAGCUGAUACACUAAAGUAAAAGCAAUGUCUUACUAUCCACUUCUUCUACUGGGUUCUGUUUUUUAAUGUUUGAUGUCUGAAAUAAGUCCCCAUUUUCUGAUAUUAUCUAUAGAGAGUCUUGAAGGUGUAAAAUGGGAACUGGGAUUCGCCUUUUUAUGUACUGGGAAAAUGGGAUUUACUGCACUGGAGCUGGGAUUUAACCACUGGGAAAGGCAUAAACCAUUUCUAAAAGGGAAAUGGGAUUUCUAUCCUUUCACGAUCUUCGACUUUAUUAUAUGACACGACUGCUCAAGUGUGCCUAUUUUUUUUUUAAGUAAAAGAAAUAAUAGGUACACGUAGACCUCAGUAGACACAUAGGAUCAUGUCAAUUUUUUGGCAUUCGCAUCCAGUGCCUCCCCGCCACCCAAUUAGCUGUGGUGGCUUGUCCCCAGGGUCUUUUUGUUUUCUGAGGUCACCAUAUUGAAAAACGAGAAGACGCUAGGACAAUGGGAAUGACAUACGCACGUUUGCGUGGGACAGAGAUCAAAAUGGUGCCCGAUUUAUAUUUUGGAAGUGUUACACCUGGCUUGUACGCAUUAUGGCGAAAUAACAACGAUGCUAGCGAGGCCUUCCUUCAGCUCAGAUUUGUUAAAUUUUGGCACAAAAACGAUUCAAAUAAAUAAUAGUCCAAACACUUUUAUCUGAGACACAGGUGAACGAAACAUACCUGGUUUAAUUGAUAUAUUAAUCACUCUUUAAUCAACACAACCAGCACCUCACCAAUCAGAAGCUGCGUAUACAUUUUUCGGAAUUGUUGAGUUUCGGGACAAGCGUUUCCUUUUUCCCCUCCCCCUUCUUUGUUAUGCUUUCGUCCCAACUUUCUCGAAGACCUUGGGCGGAAACUCUUGGUGCGUAGGCUACCCGCGGAGGUUCUCAACGUAAUGAUUACAGCAGCAGCAGAAAAUAAUAAAGUGAAGACAGUGAUUUGGAUGAGGAUUGUGCAGAAGACAGAAGUGGUUUUAAUAUGGUGAUGUCAACAAGGGUUGGAAGAGGAAGAGUGUUCACCAGCAAGAUAAGAAAUUUUGUUCAGUCCAGGUGAAUGAAGGUUCAUAAUCCAAAACAAUCAGCCUUUUUACUUCAUGAUGCGCAUCAGUUAGCAAGAGAGCACUGGAAAUGGGAUUACAGAUUGGGUAACUGGGAUUUGGACUAAAGUCAGGCUGAGAACUGGGAUUGGGUACCCUUCCCCCCUUCAGAAACCCUUUUUAAAAAAUUCUGGGAUAAACGGUUGCCUUAACUUUAAAUUUUGCUUCAUAAUUUAGGUAAGCAACUCGAAAGCUUUCUUCAACCGGUGUACAUUAAUUUCGAUGUAUACUUGCUUUAUUUGUGUGCAACAUAGAUUCUCUUGAUAUGUUCGCAUUUACGUGUUUUUUUUUGUCCUGAAUAAUGUCAUAAGUUUUACUGACGCCAUCGAUCAUAAAGGUCACGCGCACAUCUACUACAAAUCACGUGAUUGGUGGGGAUUGUUGUGACUAAACUAGUCGGUAAAUAACGAAGGAUUACAAGGGAUUGAACCUUAAACGAUUAAUCUUAUUCCGCUUUGCCGACUCGUAGUCCUUAACAACUACAGUGAGGCGUUCCAUGCACUACUGAGGGGGAAUCUGGGUCCUAAUACACUACAGGGAUGAUUCUGAGUUUAUUCACUUUUACGUGUGUUCAAAGUCAGGUGGAGGAGGUGGAGAUCCUUCCCUUCUUUCAUGAUAAACAGGGAAAAAAUGAUCCAAUAAAUAGGCAACAAAUAAGGAAAAUAAUCUAAAGAACAGGACUACGGAAAAAAUGCGGAGAGUAAAUUAACAAAAGCGGGAAGCAUUUUAGGAACGAGCAGGUGUCAAAGAUAAAGUUUGGUAAUAACAAUGAAAUCGCUCAAAACUAAUAAAACUUUGUAGAAUACAGUUGUAGGUCAGUAGUCCUGCUUUUAUACUUUCUUUUUUGUUUUGUUUUGUUAUUUUCCAUUUUUCCAAUUACUUUUGCUAAUAUUGCUAGCAUUGGUGUAGACCAGGCUAUAGUAAAACAUGUACUUAAGAAAAAACUAAGGGGUUCCUAUGGACUUUACACUUCGUAGCUAGACAUUGCUCUAUAAUAUUACUUUCUCGACCUCAAAGCGAGAUGAAAAUAUCUCUAUUCUUCUUGUAGGAAAAUAUAAUACAAAGCUUGUAAACUCUGAGUCGCACUUUUUUUGCCGGUUCUUCUUCUUCUCUUAUUUGGACUUGAACUAUUUUCCAUUAGAUUGAGUUCGGGUUCCGCCCACAAUUUAAAAUUCCAAACUUUUUGAUCAGAAAAAAAAAAGAAUACAUAACAGACACAUGCGAUGUUAAAAAUCAAAACCUUGAAAAUUCGAUGAUGGACAAUAAUCAUAUAUUGUUUCUUCCUUUUUUUGUUUAAGACAUAUGAUACGAACAGAAAUAAAGACUGUCAGUCUCCGAUCUUUUUACGGCAUUGACAACCUUACGAUUGAUAUGUAAGUAUGGUCUAUGGUGCAUGUAAUGUAGUUGCAUAUUAGAAUAUAUAAUGUCUUUGACUGAAACUGACAAAAAGACGGCUGUUUUAUCGGCGUCUGAUCUGUUGCGGCCGGGCUCUUUGUCAUGCGAGUUUGAGUGCAAAGUUAUUCCUGAAAGAAGGAUCUGCUAUUUUAGUUCUUAUUUGAUUAUGACUCCUAUCAUCUUUCUAUCGCUUUUUUCAAUAGAAGUUUUAAUGAAGGAGGAAUUGGGAUUAUGAAAUUUGGGGAUGACGAACGUAACUGCGCAAUUUAUCUGUGAGUGAAUUCAUCAUUACAACAACAAAGAUAUCAGAAAUCUGAAUAUGUGCAGUUUUUUUCUCUAUUAUUAGCUCUUAGUUGGUGAUUGAUUUUUCUUUUCAUAAUUUUUGUUUUUACAUUAGGGGAUUAGGACAGGAUGAUUAUGAAUAUAACUCCAUUCCUGAUGUCGUCACUUCUGAAAAAGAUUAUCGGGUUAGAAAUCAAAUACUAGCGGCUUUUAAACGAUCUGGAUUUGCCAAAGAAAGUGCUGGACGUUAUGAAUUACUCCCAUGUGAAUUUGGGACGUACGUUAAUGCUUCUGCUGAAACCAUCAAAUGCACAGAGUGCCCAGCAGGUAAAUUUAUUCGCAGUUUAUGAAAGCUGCACAAUUAUGUCGUCGGGAUAAUAUGUUUACAUCGUUAGUCAGCCCUGUGCUCAUUAUGGUUUAAAGGUACUUACAUGUAGUAUUAGAUGGCGUGUGCUUAUUCCCGGAAUACGAAAGUAUCUAUCUAAAGACAACGAUAAGACUCUGGUUGAUACUUUUUCCCCUGUGGAAUUUAAUACUGUAAAGAGAAAGGAACCAAUAAGCUACACUGUUGUUCGAGGUCACUGGCAGCAUAUUUUCAUUGAGUCCAAACCUAUAUUUGUUUGAUUUUGGAGUAAAACGGUGUCACUUCAGGCUGGAAAUUUCAGGUACAGUGUAGGUUCCGGCAAUGAGGAAACGUACACAAGUCAACCAAAUAACUGACAGCAAUCCUAUGAUUAUUGAGUGGACAGUGAUGAGGAAAAAUCGCUUUAGCUACAAAAUUUAGAAAGUCAUGUUCGCCUUUUGUACUAAAAGUACGUAUAGCUGUUUUUCAUUGUCACGCCAUCGUAAAUAAAAACCAAAACCGUUCAAUAGAUUAAGUCCAGAAUCUGGGAAAUGAAAGACGUUUAAUAUACAAAGGAUCUCGAUGUGCUUCAAGUCGGUGCAAUUUUUCACACGCGAGAUAUUCGGAGAUAUAUUUAAUCUAAUUUUAUAAAGCUUUUGUAUGGUGACGCCAAGUUGUUACACCUCUGAGAGGCACCAACAUGGCGGCCGAAAAUAAAUAGCAGCGUAUGUUACCGAGAAAACUAGUCGAUCGCUGCCUGAAACAAUGCGAAACAGGGCGAUCACAAGCAGCGAACCUUGAAACAAAGAAACAAACAAAGUGGAUGGAAAUGCAUCAAUCACAAGUAAACAUUUGUUUCCUAAGAUGUCCGCUAAGAUGAUUGACGGAACAGAAAGACCCAAAAUUCCUUCGAAGUUUGCAAAACGCGCAGCGCGAUACAACGAAUUUGGCUAUAAUUGACUACAAAUGUAAUUAAGAAUUGAUCACUAAUGUAAUUAAACGACCUUAAUGCUAUGAAAACCAUAUAUACUCGAUUUUAAGUGGGGACACAAAGCACCGCGGCGCUCUUUCGAAAAAUACAAUAGAAGCGCCGCCCUCACACAACCUUAACAAUACGCGCCACGGCAGUCUUUCGAAUUAACAGAGUUAAUUGGAUUAAAUGGGUUGAAUGCAGUAGAAAAUAAAGUUUUUACGAAAAGGCGCCGCAAACCUCAUUUGUUUUCCUUCUUUUAUGUGCGACUGUUACGAACUGGGCGGUUGCAUUUCGAAAAAAAAAAAUGAAAUAUUUUGUUUUUUCGAAAGAGCACCGCGGCGCUUAUUUGUGUCCGACUUUUACUGAGGGUGGCGCUCAUCCGAGAAACACGGUUUUGAUAGCAUUUGAAGGUUUUAAUUUAAUCAGUGUUUUUUUUACCAAUUUGUAUUACAUUUAAGGGCUUCAUUACAUUUGUGGUCAAUUAUUACAUUUGUGGCUUCAACACACAUAUAUUAUACUUUAUUAUGAUAUUACCUUUUAGGCGAUCAGAAUAAAUAUCACGUGACAAUGACGACACGUUAGUUUUAGCUCCAAAUCGAAUUUCAGCCCUUGCAUCGGUAUUUUUCUUGAAAAUGCUUUACGCUACUACCUAUCUAUAAAUUAGAUAAACAGCAAUUAAACCACAACUCGUUAAUAUACUUUCUCCAAAUUACUUUUUUUCAGUGCACGUGAUGCAAUUGAUCGGCAUACUAUGAAAUCUGCGCAUUUCAUGUCCAUUGAAAACAAAACUUUUAAAGUUGUUUAACGCAAAUGCAGGCCCAAAAUUGAAGCAAUUUCAUAGAUUCAGAUAAUUUCUUGCUCUGGGAUUUGCUAUUUGUAGUGUUGUGUCAGUUUAGGUCUUAAGUAUGCGUUUUGUGAACUAAUUUUAAGUGUUAGGAGUAUUUAUGCAGGCGAUGGUAUUUAAAGAGUGGAAAUUAUUUAUUAAGGGUCGUCGUUAGUUGUUUGCUUAUAGCCGGCGUACUUAGGUACUUACUUAACACUUUAAGCUCGAGUUCACAACAACAACAACAAGUACUUCCCAUGCAGCACAAGAUAAUUUUCCGUGCGUGGCUGCCCAUGCCACCGAAAUCUUUCCCGAACAUGGUAAUGUUGUAGAAAGGGAUAAAAUUGAGGAAAGGGAAAACAAUUAGAGAACAUACGUCUUAUACGCGAGUUCAUCAGACGUCCGCUAUUCAAAUCUAUUUAGCAAUUGACAACAUUGCCAAUUUCAUUAAAUUUGAGAUAGCGUGACACCGUCACUACCUCACCAGUUUUCUCCCUUUCACAACAUUACCAUAUUUCAGAAAGAUUUUGGAGAGCAACCAAGAGCGGUAAAUUCAAGCCAAUUUUCAGGUAUAAUUACUAGUGUUUUAUAAAACUGGUCCAGAUUCAUCCAACUCAUUCCUGCAUUGGUGGUAUUUCUCAUAUUUGAAGAGAUAAUAAGCUAAGAGAGCGAAUCCCCCAUACAUGGCCCUGUUCCUAUGAAAUAUAUUUGAAAUCUAUUUUUGGUUCUGGAACUGCGUUGCUGUUUUAAUGACGCCACCUUAUUGGUCGGUUAGAACUGCGUCGUGUAAUUCUAUGCUUGACGGUUAAUUCAUUUCACUAACCAUCACGUAGUAAGUAACGUAACGAGCGAACUUUUUGAUAAAACGUAAAUUGUCUAUCGUCAAUUCAAUAUAUUUUGAGAGUUGAGACAUUUAAUCCCAGUAAGUUUUCUGAUGUAUCACAUCUACCUAUUAUUUUCCCUUGCUAGUGAUCUUUUUGGAUCCUUUAUUCUUUCAGGAGGUUUCUAUUCGGACACGAAGGCUUUUGUAAAUGACGGCUGCCGAAAAUGCACCAUUGGAACUUUUGUACAUUACAAUAAAGCACCCGGGAAAAGACUGCUUGACUGCGAGCCAUGUCCAGAAGGUAAUUCUCUGCUUAAACUUCCACUCUUACCGCAUUAUGGAGCAUAAUAUUAAAUUCAGCUUCCUUCUCAUUAGCCGAGACCCUAUGACGUGACCUGCAAUUAACUGUCUACAAAUAAUUGUCUGCUCGUGCGCAACGUCGUCCAACUUUCUUUGCCUGCAAAUAAUAUUCUCCUUAUGGAUCGCUCUUGCAAGAGUUAUAGUUAUGUGUAUGUCCAUAUUGUAUUUAGCUGUAAUAGACCUUUUUACCGAUACGGCGGCCAUAUUGAAUUAAUUCGAUGAAGGAGUAUUAUAGGAUGCCCAGGGGGCAUGAGCACUUUUCGUUUGUAUUUUCGAGCGCUUUUCGGGACAUUUUUUCUUAAAGUUUUCUUAGAAUAAGAUUGUAAUGCGAAAAAAGAUCCUUGUGCCGUGGUCGGAUGUAAUAAUGAUCGCCUUUAGUUUAGUAUUAGAAAUAUAAUCUUUCACUGUAUAUUUCUCGGAAAAAAGGUGAUCAUUAUUUCAUCCAAACACGGCACAAAGAUCUUUUUUCCCAUUAUAAUCUUAUUCUAAGAAAACUUUAAGAAAAAAUGUCCCGAAAAGCGCUCGAAAAUACAAACGAAAUGUGCUCAUGCCCCCUGGGCAUCCUAUAAUUCUCCUUAAAUCGAAUUAAUUCAAUAUGGCCGCCGUAUCGGUAAAAACGUCUAUUAAAACUAGAGGUUACAAUUAUGUGUGUAAUGCUGCACGCAGAUACUGGGUGUCUGAGAAACGGUGAAUUAAUAUACGCAUGCAAUUAACAUAUGUGGAAUAAAGGAUGAUUUUAAGUGUUUACGCGCGCCACAAUGAGUAAAAGGUAGCGCAAAUUGGAAUAACACAAAAUAAAUAAAUGAAUAAAUAAUGCGAAGAUUUGAUUUCUAUAGUCUCUAAAAAUUAGCAUAAUAACAAAGGGUCACAAGUUCUUCAAGUGAAUACCUUUGCGCGAAUCGAGCUUCAAAAUCAAGACCACUUUUCAGCCGUGUUCAUCAGCAGAAAACUCAACGAAGACCUUAAAUUUCGAGAAGUCAAGCCAGCCAUUGUUAACCAACAAUGUGCGAUGCAGGAUAUGUUGGUUAUACUCGCGGCCACCUCCACGAACGCGUUGAUGGACACAAACAGAAAUCGUCGUCAAUUUGUACACAUUAUCUUAGCGAACAUAACUCGGACGUACCACUUUUUCUUGCUCAUUAAAGGUUCUAACAAAUUUGAUUGCCUAAUUAAGGAGAUGCUCUUUAUAAGAAAACUCAAACCAUCCCUAAACGUGCAGGCGGACUUGAUUCGCACAAAGGUAUUCAAUUGAAGAACUUGUGAUCCUUUGUUAUUAUGCUAAUUUGUAGAGACUAUAGAAAUCAAAUCUUCGCAUUAUUUAUUCAUUUUGCCUUGAGAAUGAUGUCAUGAUGAUACCGAAACGUCGGCUUUUAACGUUAAUAUUCGCUUGCAGAUGUAUUCAAAGUUAAAAUAAAACAGCAUUUUUAAGGGUAUUUUUGGAAAACUAAGUUUUAGAUAUUUGACAUUGUAAAUUUAGCUGAAAAGCCUUUUUGAGAAGAUUAAUAAAGUUAUUAUUAUUGCCCCCGCACAGAUUUCGCCCAGAAGGCGAAAUCCCGAGGGGGCACUCUAGUAACUUGCGCGUAUAUUAAGGAAAGUACUUACAGUUGAAAUAUACAGUCAUAAAGUCAAUAUAGAAAAAAUCUCGAUUUCCUUGACCAGGGGCCGCGAGGAAUCGGUAGGUAAUGAUGACGUUUCUAUUGUUUGCGCCCGCAAGUACGAAAUGGUAAGGAUGACGUAAAGAAAGAAAAUCCCCAAGGGACCGCUUAGGUAGAUUUUGUGACAUUUAUUGUGCAGUCAUACUUCGACACUCUUUUGCGUUACGCGGUUAUCAGUGACAUUCUGUGGAGCAGUUGUUUCAGUGAAAGUUAUGGACCAAAAUUUUAACGACACUUGUUAAGCGCAGAAGAAGUUAUAAAGUGCGUAUAAAUGUGUAUAUAUAAACACUUGGAGAGUUUGUUAGACACGAGUUCACAAAUCUUUCAUUGGAAACCUUGCCAGACACUCUUUCUCUCUCUUUUGCCGGAAUAAGACUCAGCUCCAAACAAGCAAGACGAGUGAGCAACAGCUAGCUUCUCAGAACGAUGUACGAUUACAGAAAUUCGCCAACAAUCAAAUUCUGUGCUGACUUAUUCCCUGCUCACAGACGUCCUUCCGCUAUAAAGUUUAAAAUAAGACUAGAAUGCGCGAGUGUGAAUUAAUCAAACGUCCUUUUAUUAAAUUUCUAAGGCUUCCUUUCCGGCAAAUAAAAUGAACUGAAUGUAAAAAGUGAAAGAAAAAUAGCGAAAAAUUCAACUUCUUAUUAAAUCUUUUCUUAUGCUUUAGAAUAAACUGAUUCUCGAAACUUCCAGUCCAGUCGAGUCACUGGCAAUAUUUUCAGGUCAGGUGCAUGUUCUUUGCAUAAGGAACUUUGCCACUUGGGCCUGAUUAAUACAAACGGGUAAGUGACGUUUACUGAAAAUUCGAGGACUUCGAGAAGUGAGAUUCUCUGAUAUCUCAGGUCACCGGAGUAUUCGGAUCUGCAUCGUACGCCAGUGUUUGUUUACAGAUGGUGAUAACAGAGAUUACGAGUAACUGAACUUUCCAAAGUUUGGCUCAGAAAGUUUAGUCAAACUUAUUUUCUUGUCAAGGGCUGCUGCAGUCUGAAUUCGAAUAGUAUGUCGCAAUAGAAACCAAACACUGAGUUUUCCUGGUUAAAAAAGUGUCAAUCAACCAAGUAAGACAACAGCGAGCAAAAGGAGGUAAAAUGGAGAAACCCCUGAAAUCACACGUAUACGUUUUCGUCUAGCACGCUCGCUUUUGGUGGGCCAAAAAGGCUUUUAGUAUGACAUACAGUAUGUAUGUAUGUAUGUAAAUCUUUAUUUAAACACGGGAAAUCAUCAGUUAAGCUUAAGUUAAAAACUAAAACUAAUUACAACUGCUUUACAUGAUUGCCGUGUGGGAAUCCGAUAUAUCAGCUACCUUCUUGAUAUUUCGCUUAAAAUGCUCAACGGAUGCAGCGUUUUUUAAGUUUUUGGGCAAGUUAUUCCAUAACAUGGCCCCGCUGUAAGAGAAGCUUCGUUUCAAAUAAUUGGUGCUUGGUUUGGACAAGGUCAGCCUUCCCUCAGAGUUUCUUAAGUUGUAAGCAGAGUGACGCUGAGAGAAAAGACUUUGCAGAUAUUCUGGAGCAAGGUCAUUCAUGGUUUUAUACAUCAUUACGGCUUUUUGUUUCUUUCGUCGAAGAGAUAGCCUCUCCCAGCUGAGGGUGGAGAGAAGGUGGUUUGAGCUCGCAUCAAAGGGUGAUUUAGUAAUAACUCUGGCUGCACGAUUCUGUAAUUUUUGGAGCUUAUCACUCAAGUAACCAGGAAGAAUGGUUUCUUCAAAAGGACCCUUUCACACCGGCUAAAUAUAUAUACCCUUGAUGCUAUAACAUUCUGAAAUAUGGUAAAAUUCACUGUAUCAACAAAGCACGAAACAUUACUAUCUUUGCGCGGGUGUUAAAAAUAGAAAGAAAGCCUAGAUCAAGAUAAAGUAUAGCUUGAAAGUAACUUUAAGAAAUGUGCAACAAACUUCUUAAAGAUGAACAACAGAUUAGCUUUCGUUUUCUCGUACGAGCGUUUUGAAAAUGCCGUAAUUUGCAUAAUUUCCUUCGGGCCUUCGACCAGGUUUAGGCCGAUUUUAAACAUUCCUGUUUUUAAAAAAACGGCGCUUCGCUGGAUCUUUUGAGUACUGUUUACCAAAAGGGUAUUUUUUGAUCUGGCGCCGGACUCUCGAUAUUUAAUGAGAACGGUUCUUAAAUUUCUGCGUUCGCGUGUUAUUGAAAAGUGCUAACUGUUUCCGAGAAACUUAACCUUAUUAAUUUAUGCAAGUAUAUCUCACAGAUUACGAGAAUUCGUUUGAACAAUUUUGUUUCAUUUCUUUUGUUUGACAGGAACUGACUCAACUGCAUUUGCAGGGUUUCGCGCCUGCAAAUGUUUGAAAGAUCAUUACCGUACGAAUUUGUUUGGGGCUUGUAAGCCAUGCGAGCUUGGAUUAGAAUGUCAAGAUGAUUGCACAAAUCUUAAAGAUGGCUUUUGGUGGAAAUGGAAGAGUAAGACACACCGUGAGCUAUACAGAAACUUCACCAAAACCGCAAAGGACUCCUCAUUUACUCCUGAAUUACACAACGCGAAUGAUUCCCGUAUCGUAUACCCGUACACCAUUCCUCAUCCGUACAGAUGCCCCAUGACAGAAGCUUGUAAGGGAGGUUUGAAUUCUUCAUGUAAUUCUGGUUAUAAAGGACCAUUAUGUGCAGUUUGCAGUGAUGGAUAUUAUAAACAACUGAAGAAAUGCAAACUGUGCCCAACUAAAGGAGGGAUGAUCAGACAGCUUGCAAUUAUGGGGGCAAUAGUUAUGUUACUGGUUAUUAUCGUGGUGUGGAGAAGCAAGAAAAAGAGCAAAAAGGAUGCUGGACGAUCUUUCCUUGACAAGGCCCUUGGAAGUAUUAAAGUUACAAUUGGCUUUUAUCAAGUGACUUUUGGUAUCAUGGAAGCGUUUUCAUACAUUAAGUGGCCUGAAAGUCUCUCAGUUAUUGGAGGAUAUUCCGAGAUUGUUCAGGUUAACAUUGUUCAGAUAGCCCCCCUCCACUGCAUCAUUCCCAGCUUGAAAUUUGACGCAUUCGCAAGUCUUUUUGCAGUUAUGGGAUUGAAUUUUGUAGCGGUGAUUGUGGCCCUUGCAAGCUUCGCCUUUGCCACUUGGAAAUCAACACGACAUAUUUUGAAUGAAGAAGAAAAAAUAAGGAAAAAGGAACAAAUUAAAACGGUCGUAAAGAGAAAUCUGUUUUUCUUUCUUUACGUGACCUACCUGAACACUUGCCUAAAAACAGCCCAAGUUUUGCCCCUUGCCUGCCACAGGAUCUGCGUUGACCAGGAGAAAGAUGAAGGAUGCGAGCAAUAUUUGAAAGCCGACUACAGCAUUAACUGUAAAGGGGAGAGAUACAACCGACUGGUCUUCGUGGGAUACUGUUCCACUGUGUAUGUGAUUGUUCUGCCUAUUGCUGCUUUUAUAGCAAUUUGGAAACAGCAAAGAGCAGAAAGCAAAGCUAAGGAGGAAGCAACAACCGACACAAAUGUUCUUGAAGACCAAAGCACGGUGCAAACGGCAUUACGGUUCUUACACGAGAACUACCACUCUCGUUGUUGGUAUUGGGAAGCGGUGGAGACAGCUCGAAAGGUUAUUUUGACCUCUGGAUUGAUCCUUCUUGGUGGCGAGAGCAGAGCGUACAUUGGAUUGGCUUUGGUUUCGUCUGGACUGUUUAGUAUGUAUUUCGGGCUAAAAAAUCCAAUGAGUGAUCCAUUCGAAAACAAGCUUAUGUUGUCUUCACUUGCCGUUACCUUCGUAAACCUUGCAAUCGGAGCCGUCAGCUCAAUCCCAGAUGAAAGUUUUCCGUCAUCAGUCGACCCAAUCUUGGAUACCCUUCUGUUCAAUGGCUUGAUUUAUGUUGCCAACUCCUUGGUGAUUGGACUCCUUCUUGGUAAGUCAAUAGCAAAAAUUGUUUUUCUGUCACAGUCCUGCUCAUACCUUAACUGA